AUGGCUUCCCCGCCGAGCUCCGGGCAGCCCGGGCCGCCGCCGCCGCCGCCACCGCCGCCCGCGCGCCUGCUGCUGCUCCUGCUGCUGCCGCUGCUGCUGCCGCUGGCGCCCGGGGCCUGGGGCUGGGCGCGGGGUGUCCCCCGGCCGCCGCCCAGCAGCCCUCCGCUCUCCAUCAUGGGCCUCAUGCCGCUCACCAAGGAGGUGGCCAAGGGCAGCAUCGGGCGCGGCGUGCUCCCCGCCGUGGAACUGGCUAUCGAGCAGAUCCGCAACGAGUCGCUCCUGCGCCCCUACUUCCUCGACCUGCGGCUCUACGACACCGAGUGUGAUAAUGCAAAAGGGUUGAAAGCCUUCUACGACGCAAUAAAAUAUGGGCCGAACCACUUGAUGGUGUUUGGAGGAGUCUGUCCAUCUGUUACGUCCAUCAUCGCAGAGUCCCUCCAAGGCUGGAAUCUGGUACAGCUCUCUUUUGCUGCCACCACGCCUGUUCUAGCAGAUAAGAAAAAAUACCCCUACUUCUUUCGGACGGUCCCAUCAGAUAACGCAGUGAAUCCAGCCAUCCUGAAGUUGCUGAAGCACUACCAGUGGAAGCGAGUGGGCACACUGACCCAGGACGUGCAGCGCUUCUCCGAGGUGAGGAACGACCUGACCGGGGUUCUGUAUGGUGAGGACAUCGAGAUUUCAGACACUGAGAGCUUCUCCAAUGAUCCCUGCACCAGUGUCAAAAAGCUUAAGGGCAACGACGUGCGGAUCAUCCUUGGCCAGUUUGACCAGAAUAUGGCAGCAAAAGUGUUCUGUUGUGCAUAUGAGGAGAAUAUGUACGGUAGCAAAUACCAAUGGAUCAUCCCGGGCUGGUAUGAGCCUUCCUGGUGGGAGCAGGUGCACACAGAAGCCAACUCAUCCCGUUGUCUCCGGAAGAAUCUGCUUGCUGCCAUGGAGGGCUACAUCGGCGUGGACUUCGAGCCUCUGAGCUCCAAGCAGAUCAAGACCAUCUCAGGAAAGACGCCACAGCAGUAUGAGAGAGAGUACAACAACAAGCGGUCAGGCGUGGGGCCCAGCAAGUUCCAUGGGUACGCCUACGAUGGCAUCUGGGUCAUCGCCAAGACGCUGCAGAGGGCCAUGGAGACGCUGCACGCCAGCAGCCGGCACCAGCGGAUCCAGGACUUCAACUACACGGACCACACACUGGGCAGGAUCAUCCUCAACGCCAUGAACGAGACCAACUUCUUCGGGGUCACGGGUCAAGUUGUGUUCCGGAACGGGGAGAGAAUGGGGACCAUUAAAUUUACUCAAUUUCAAGACAGCAGGGAGGUGAAGGUGGGAGAAUACAAUGCUGUGGCUGACACACUGGAGAUCAUCAACGACACCAUUAAGUUCCAAGGAUCCGAACCACCAAAAGACAAGACCAUCGUCCUGGAACAGCUUCGUAAGAUCUCCCUACCUCUCUACAGCAUCCUCUCCGCCCUUACCAUCCUGGGAAUGAUCAUGGCCAGCGCUUUUCUCUUCUUCAACAUCAAGAAUCGGAAUCAGAAGCUGAUAAAGAUGUCAAGUCCGUAUAUGAACAACCUUAUCAUCCUCGGAGGAAUGCUUUCCUAUGCAUCCAUCUUUCUCUUUGGCCUGGAUGGGUCCUUCGUCUCUGAAAAGACCUUCGAAACCCUUUGCACCGUCAGGACCUGGAUUCUCACCGUGGGCUACACGACCGCCUUUGGUGCAAUGUUCGCAAAGACAUGGAGGGUCCACGCCAUCUUCAAAAAUGUGAAAAUGAAGAAGAAGAUCAUCAAGGACCAGAAACUGCUCGUGAUCGUUGGCGGCAUGCUGCUGAUUGACCUGUGCAUCCUGAUUUGCUGGCAGGCUGUGGACCCCCUGAGAAGGACAGUGGAGAGGUACAGCAUGGAGCCGGACCCGGCAGGACGGGACAUCUCCAUCCGCCCUCUCCUAGAGCACUGUGAGAACACCCACAUGACCAUCUGGCUUGGCAUCGUCUAUGCCUAUAAGGGGCUUCUCAUGUUGUUCGGUUGUUUCUUAGCUUGGGAGACCCGAAACGUCAGCAUCCCCGCACUCAAUGACAGCAAGUACAUUGGGAUGAGCGUCUACAACGUGGGGAUCAUGUGCAUCAUCGGGGCUGCCGUCUCCUUCCUGACCCGGGACCAGCCUAACGUGCAGUUCUGCAUUGUGGCCCUGGUCAUCAUCUUCUGCAGCACUAUCACCCUCUGCCUGGUGUUUGUGCCAAAGCUCAUCACUCUGAGAACAAACCCAGACGCAGCAACUCAGAACAGACGAUUCCAGUUCACUCAGAAUCAGAAGAAAGAAGAUUCUAAAACCUCCACCUCAGUCACCAGCGUGAACCAAGCAAGCACGUCCCGCCUAGAGGGCCUGCAGUCAGAAAACCAUCGCCUGCGAAUGAAGAUCACAGAGCUGGACAAAGACUUGGAAGAGGUCACCAUGCAGCUGCAGGACACGCCAGAAAAGACCACCUACAUUAAACAGAACCACUACCAAGAACUCAAUGACAUCCUCAACCUGGGGAACUUCACUGAGAGCACAGAUGGGGGAAAGGCCAUUUUAAAAAACCACCUCGAUCAAAAUCCCCAGCUACAGUGGAACACGACAGAGCCCUCUCGAACAUGCAAAGAUCCUAUAGAAGAUAUAAACUCCCCAGAACACAUCCAGCGCCGGCUGUCCCUCCAGCUCCCCAUCCUCCACCACGCCUACCUCCCGUCCAUUGGAGGCGUGGACGCCAGCUGUGUCAGCCCCUGCGUCAGCCCCACCGCCAGCCCCCGCCACAGACACGUGCCACCCUCCUUCCGAGUUAUGGUCUCGGGCCUGUGAGGGCGGGAGGCCUGGGGCCGGGGCCUCCCCCGCGACGGAACCACACGGAGCAGAGGCAUCUGCUACAGGAACCCUGUCAGCUCUGGCCGCGGAGAAGCUGGCGCCACGGCUGGCCUUGCGGGACUGCUCGAUGGC